GUUUCAUAACGCCCUCAUCACUCCAUAAAGUUCAAUUUGGACUGAAAGUUAUAUUUGGUGUUAGUUGUUUAAAAGUACCCGAAAAGAGCCGUGAAGAAAGAGUUCAUUCAGAGGCUGACACGACAAGACAAUUUAGCCUUCAGACGUUUGGAGAAUCUGUGGUGAAGCCGAUAAAAGGUUAGUACGUAGUCUUACAAAUGUUUAGUGAAAUCGCUAUUGUUUUGCCCUUCAUGCCUUCAGUUGAGUAAUAUUGGUUGUCAGUAAUGAUCGCGUCUCUAAGUUUCCUGCGUAUCCUGUAGUAUCCGACUGUGGUAGAUCUAGUUAGAGCAUUGUUCCUCUCUCAUAUGUCGAGCUGAAUAAACAAACUUGUGUCGAUAACAGAAAUCCUAGGUUACUCUAAAGAUGUUUCUGGAUGCCAAACUAGUUUGUCGUUGUCUUUCCGCGGGACAAAUAAAUUCUAAAGGGAAGCAUGUCAGGAAGGGCGUUCCUACACCAUCCUUCAACCAGUUAGAAUUUAUUCAUAGUGCAGUUGUUUGGUAGAAUGCUUUAAAAAUUUUCAUCUCCAAGAACUCACCACACUGUAAAGUUGACAUUUAGUGUUUAGGAAGUUUUAUGGCUGGGUUUGUUGCUUACGAAAACAUCACCGGGUUUAAUAAUUGCAACUUGUUAUUCAUCGCGUUGUUUUUAACUUAACUGCGUGGCGUCUGGUGUAAUGAUAGUACCAAUAACAGAAAUUUGAAUAUAAAUGACACUAAAUGAACCCUGAAGUAAAGAUCUAUUUACGUCAAGAGAAAAUAAUGUUUAACUGCAUUUGAUGUUAUUUAAUUGCGUAACGACUCCAUAAAUCUCUGUACUGCACUCGUACUAUGCGAGUUUCAUUAAGUUUUUCACAUUUGUAUACGAAUCCCCAAGCUGGGUUCGAUUUUGUGUAAUACUGUAAUCUCGUAAUAACUAUGCUGUAAAGGUUAGUAUUAUGGCAUUCAAAGAGAUCAUUUGUUCAUAUCUUCUCUAAACAAUACGCUAAAGUUGCAUUGUUUUGGCGUCAGGGUGAAUUUCAAAUUAUAUAACCUUCUCGCAUCCCACUGUCACCGUCGUGAAGUAUUCAAAGUUAAAUCAGUAUAAAAAUAUUUUUUGGUGUCAUUGACAAGGCAAUAUUUUGAGCAGACAGGGAAACGCGAACAGUUUCGGACUUCAAUGCUUUUCCUAACAGAUCCAAAGUAUAGAUUUUUGCGCCAGGACAUUUAGUGUACAAAGUUAGGUUUCAUUUUAGAUUUUAAUGCCAAACUUUCAUUUCAUGGCCUUGCUACUAUAUUCUUGUUAUAAAGUUCGUACUGAGUUGUCGAGCUUUUACAGAAAACUGAGGUUAGAUGGCGUGACAAUGAUAAUUUGUCAUCUCUUUCACUGCGUUAUUUCCGGCUUACCGUGUGCCGCUGUCUAACUAGUAUGAAUUUCCUGUCAGCUCACGAGCAUUACGCAACUGUAAUCAAACCUGGAGUUUGUUUUGGGUGCAUCCGUUCGAAGGAAAGUUCUGCUAACUAGCGGGACACGUUUCGCCCUUCAGUCUCACCGGUCAGUCAUUUAAUUCAUAUUUGUUAAUUAUUUUAAGUAUAUAACGACAUAUUUAUGCUUCUGCUCGAGUCUCAUUUUUUCUUUGCUUUUGUUUUUUUGAGAAAACAUUCCUGCACGGAAACGAGUGAUAUUAAAAUGAGGUGAUCAUAAUACUGAAAACUUUCUAUGAAACAUCUCCUUAUAACGUCCAUUUUAGGACUAGAUAAUUUGGCUCUAUCAACUGAGUUGAUGAUGUAUCUAUAGGCCAUCUUGCAGAGUUUCAGAGUUGACAUUUCGAGGGUUAGCCCUUCGUCAGAGCGAAAUUUUACGACUUGUUUGAUAUUCAACCUAAAGUCGCAAGACCAAAGCAAAAACGGCUGAAAAUCGGAAGGAAAAACUAUAUGUCUGUGUUUGUGUUCACUUAGAGCGCCAUGGUCAAAAAUGAAUUCUUUUAGAGUCAUAGAUGGGAGGAACGUUUUAACGCUAAAAACAAAGGUACUUCCUCUUUACUUAAAAUAGCAAUUACAGGGGUGCCAAAAAAUUAAACUUAUCUGUAGGGAGUGUGAGAGAAAUCCACCUGACUGAAAGUAAAAUCGGGGGUCAUUUCUUUCUAUAAUGCCGAUGUGGUUGUACAACAAACUUGAUCGUGUGGGUGAAAGUGCACUUGUAACUUGAUACCUUGUUCGGCCUUUGUACGAAGAUCAAAAACAAAUGGUGCUUGGAAUAUAAAUAGAAAUGACGACGCCUUUCUGUUUUUGUAAUUCAAUUUGUGGAACGAGAUGAUUUUCGCUGAUUUCAAUUGGUAUUCCUCAGUAGCAAAGUCUCAAAUAGUUUUUCGUAAGUUUUCAUUUAACUUUUUCAGCAUCACUUUCACUCAAAAAACUUUAGUUAAGUUGAAACCGACUAUCAAAAGAUGAUCCAUGUCCUCCUAAACUAUCUUAUUUAUUUCUAUUGCACCCCAUGAAAACAUUACCAGUUCGGUAUCCUUUACAGAAAUAAGCUUAUUUACUCUUCCGCUGAAAGUUGAAACAACGCUAUUUUUCUCCGCGCCCGCUGUGUCUGAAUGGAAGAACAGGAAAUUCUUGCUUUUUUAGGAGACUUUAAGGAGCCAGUCGCAUAGCUGACGCUUGUACCAUGGGAGAGGAUGGGUGGGCCAGUCGCAUAGUUGACGCUUGUACCAUAGGAGAGGAUGGCUCCUAUGGUCCACGACUCAAUGUUUUUCGAAAAUUGAUCCGGAUUUAAUGCACUUACUGGUGUGCAUGGCAGCAACAAAUUUCAUCAGUUUUUGUCUUUUCUGGGUUAUCUUAUGUAUCGUAAAAUAGGUGUGCUUUGGGGUUUUUAUGUUGACAAUUUUGCAAUGCAGCCGUAAGAAUUAAAUUCCAGCGUUUCGGUUCGGGGGAGGGGAGGGGUGCCAACACCCGAACAACAUGGCAGUAAUUAAACAAUGACAUGUUUCAAGACUUGUAUAGACUAUCGCUAUUUCAAAAAAUGUUGAUUUACAAAAUUUUUGCAAAAAAUUCCUACCAUAUUUAGUAAUUGGCACUGUCAAUUACUUUUUUAGUUUUAGCCAGCUCGGUUUUAGAGUUUCUUUAAGAACCGAAAAGUAGGUAUACGCUUUAAUUAAUUUCAUUAAUUAAACAAUGAAAGCGAAAAAAAGGUUAUGCCACAUAAUUCCUACAAAUUGAAUGUAAAACUAUUUACGUGUGGUACAGUUAGCAAAUCCACGCCAAGAUUAAGAGCUUGUUGCCAUCACUGUAAUUUUAUUACAGAUGCUCCUUGAUAAAAUUCGCUCAGCACGAGAAGAAUAGUGAGGUGCAGUUACUGAAAGAUUAUGAGAUAAACUGCUCUUUCUCUCACUUUGUACAUUCCCUCUUCAGAAAUAUCAACAACUCGCGUGGUGGUCGUUUGAAGAGUAGUGCUUUCCUGUUCACGUUAUAAUUGUUUCACCGCAAAAUAUGUCUUAAUCCUCGACCAAUCAGAGCGCGUAUAUCCUCAUAACCACCUUACCUGAGCUAUCAAUAAACACUAAUUUUUCGCAUGAAGUAACUCCACAGCGAAUUUGUUCUUUCCAAAGAAGAUUCACAGAUUUUCGGUUAUUUCUUGAGAGAAGCGUUUUUCUUUCUUUCUUCAUCUCUUUCAUUCUUCCUCUUUUUUUCAAAACUGGACAACUAAAGGCUAUUUCAUGCUGGAAAAUACUUCGGAAAAGCCAUAUGCUCGGCUAGCGGACGAAUGAUGGAUAUCAUUGCGGCUUUGAUGAUUUUUCUUGAUGAAAGUUAGUGAAGGAAGAGUGAGAAGACUAUUUUCAUUUAGGUCAGGUCCUCUGUGGUUUCUUGGUAUUUAUGCUUUUAAAAUCAUCUCACUGAUAUUGUAUAUCGUCGAAAAAUUCUCUUCAUUUAAUUGGCCAUAACUCCAACUCUUCACCUCUAUGGUUUUUAAUGAUUAUUGUAAAAUCAUACCACGGAGCAGCAAAAUUGCUUCCUGAAAUCAACUACAGUGUGUUUGGUUUCAAUUAUUGCUCGUUUCAUGGUCAGCUUCUAGUCUUUGAAUGAGAUGUCUUUGUUAAGAAACUAUUGGUAAACUUUUUCCAUCACUUUGUUCCAACCUACGAUACCGUGUAAUCAAUCUCGAGUAAGGAUUACACUGAUUACACGAAUAAAAAAGUCUUUGAAGCCUGAAUUCUACAGUUAGUCUGAUGCAUUCUCAUUGAAAGUAGACAAAUUUAACAGUGCCACUUAGAUUCAUUGACAGAUGCAAAAAAACUAACAGCGUUUGUCGCGUUCAUAUUGAAAAUAAGGAAAAUAGCUUUGUUUACUUGCUCCUUUAUUCCUUUAACUCCCAAGAUCUCAUUAGUAAUUCUUCUUACUCUCUACCAUAUAGUUCUUGUGAUGCCAGUUUAGAGAAUUUGGUAUUGGAUCAAUUAAUAAUCCCCUAAUUCAUAUUUUUCUUUAUUCUCAUCACUUGUCUGCUUGAUAUUGUAAUGAUACUGGAAGGAGAAAUUCUGUCUUGGUCACACAUGGUAAUUAAAGGGUUAAGUUGUUCUGUCCUAGUUUAAGGUGAUUUGUUAUAUUCUGACAAAAAUCAAACUAAUGACAGCCCAACACGAAAGCUUUUAAUUUGACGGUCCCCGUGUGAGGUAUUUUCACUCAUGAUCAUUUCUCUGUGAGAGGCCCGCAGAAAAACAUAAAUGGUUCAUGUCAUAAUGAUUUGUACUUCCUUUGGCCCCUUAACCGAUGGUUAAGUAAACAGUUAACAAUAUAUUCUAAUACGUUCGGUCAGGAGAUUUGUGUGAUGCCUCAGGGUUGAUGAGUAAACAGUCGGUGCCUAACACAAGAUCGACACAUCACACUUUAAUGCGGUUGGUGGCUGGCAGAGGAAACAAUCUGAACAUGGUUCUCUUUAACCUAAAACUCUCAUCAUCGUUGCUAACAUUAGGGAGAAGUACUAGAUAUUGAGCUUAGCUCGUGUCAAGUUUUCCUGUGAGAUACAAGACUGCAGCAAAUUAUCAAGUAGUUUCUAAAGAAAUGGUUGUGCUCAGUCUGCCGGGAGGGAUCAUUUUGAUCGAGCUGGCUGAAGUAACAAUUUUCUUUGAAAUAUUAUCUUAAUGUGGGGCUCAGAAAAUUUAAUUAACUUAGUUAAACAGGAAAUCAUACGGUCAAUAUCCCGGGUGAAAAAUUACAACACCGCAUCACGUAAUACUUACAAAGAUUUCUAGUACAGUAUCUCUAAAUUGCCAAAAAAAAAAAAAAUACUGUUCGAUAUUGUGAGUGUGCGACAACAGCUCCGAGAGAAGUGGAUUUCAAUCGGGUGACAGCUUUUACGGCUAAAGGUUAAAAUUUUGGCCAAUUUUUGGCUAACAGUCAACAUCUUUCCAUUGUUGUCACCAGAAAUAUGUUUUUGUGUGAACUUUUUUAACGCCUAACGGUUAAACUUUAUGGCUGUUUUACGGCUAGCGGUUAACCCCAUUGAGACCCUCUUAGAAAAUCACCUUAUGACUAAAACAAGUUUGUCUUCUGGUGUCGAGAAUAGUUGAUGGAAGCAAUCUUAUUUUUGCAAAGGUGAUCAAUGUUGCUUCAGACUGCAUGUUUUUAAUUUCGCCGUCUUUGAAUACCAACCACAACAUCAGUCACGGCAAUUUAACACCGUCUGCUUUGUAAGCCAAUAUUGCCUCUUAAAUGAAGUUUUGGCAGAUAUUGAUGUUAACGCCUCUUGUGAAUGAAAUUAAAUUAGCCUGGUUGAGUUUAGACCACUUGUGUUUGGGAGUUUUGAGGAGAGCAUAAUCGUGGGCGUCCAACACACUCGAAAGUUAAAAUACAUUGCUUUCAUUCUGAUUUCAGGCGACAAAAACCAUGACGAAGAGGAUAUUUCUGUGUCUUUCACUUGUUGCGUUGGUGGACCAAAUCAUGGGUGAGUAGAAAAUUAGUCAGCAUAAAAAGCGAACUCGGAAAACUUAACGCCACUGGAAUGAGCUCAGAAAAGAAGCCUCUAAGUUGUACGUACAAAAACCUUUUCUUUGUUCCACUUCAUUUAUACGAGCUAAUAUUUCUCUGGUAGAGCUCUUCCACGCUAUUAAUUUUCAAUUUCACGCCUUUCUCCAGGGUUUCUUAUCAAAUUGAUCAAGAACUCUGCAAUAGGUUUUCCUUAUAACUUGUAAGUUCGUCAUUCGUUCACAUUCAUCUCCCCCCCCCCUACCCAAUUUAUAAAAAAUAUCAAAUCUGUUUUUCAUUUAAGAAAUAUGUAAUUAAUGAAAAAUUGAAUUAAGAAAAGAUAUUUUAGUCGAGCGCCAUAUGUCAUUUCCGGAAACACUUAAAAUUAACUGUUAAUUGCGAAAUGUAAACCAUAGAGGGAUUCUAGAAUUUUCGAAUGGUAGUUACCACUAGUUAUUAACAUAUUAAUGAACUAAACAGUCGAACCGAUUUCUUCCCUGAUCCAAACUUAGGUAUUGUAAAUUGCUGACCCCUAAUGGUCGGUUAUUUUUUCCUUUCAUAGUCACGCAAAGUGUCCGAUUUAAUUACGGAUAAAUGUUUUCUAUUGUGGGUUCCAGUUGUACAAUGUCUAUAAUCUAUAAUCUACCAUCCAUAUUAAUGGACUUGAUGGUCAAGUUAUGUUGACUUUUUUAUAAAAUAUUACCCUGUAACGAACAAAGUCUUGCAUUCCUGCUCUCGUUGAUGUUUCUGCUAUCGCCACGGACUAAAUUUUUAGCUUGAAAUGUAUUUUUGAAGUUGAGAACUGAAUGGUACAUCUGUAGCGUAUUUUUUUAGAAAAGUUCUUAAAUGAUGAAACGUUCUUAAAUGAUGUGUUAUCAAAACCUAUCGAAUGCAUGAAAAAGUAUCCAUAUGAGUUUAAAAGUAGAUCACCCGUAUCUCGCAGUUAGUAUGCGCACUUAGAUUGGUCAAUUCAACCUGCCGUAUUUCACUGUCCGGCCCGCUAAAUUGAAUACAUAUAAUAAAUAUCUUACUAACCUCGUUUUUCUCGGUCCAUACUGUAAGAAACGGAACCUCUAAUUCGGUGAGUAAGAACUACUUACAACUUGUGAUAAUUGCUCUUAGGGAUCUCUGUAUGUCCUUCUCGUGAGAUUCAGGCCACUCGAGGGGAAGUCACUUCACCGAAUUUUCCAAAUGCCUACCCUUCUGAUGUAAACUGUGUUCUGACCAUUGAUGGUGGAAACAGUGUUAAAAUCAAGCUGAAGUUUGAACAUUUUGAAGUUGAAGAAGACGAUAAUGGUAAGUGCGUUAUAAACUAAACUUUUUCAUUUGCAUUAUUUGUUAAAAGUCUUUUAAAUAUCAAGUUGUGCUAAAUUUCUAAUGUUCGCAUAACUUUCUAAAGGUAUUGUUAACCCUUAAACUCCCAAGAUCUGGUUGUGAAUUCUCCCCUCUAGCUGCUGUGCAUUUCCUUGUAAAUUAGUUACCAGAAAUUGGUGUUAGAUCAACAGAGCAAUUUCUACAUUAUAAGUUUAAGCAUUCUCAUUACCUGUUAGCUGAAUAAUGUAUGAACACUACAGGGAGAAGUUAAAUGUUAAUCAAAUCUGGUAGUUAGGGGGCUAAUCAAGAACGUAUCGCUAAUAGCAUGGCUCAAUUUCUUCGUAGAAAUUUCCAAUUUAGAUGUAAUAUUCCUCGCAUACAUGGAAUUAAUACCGUGGCCGACAGCACAGCAAACAAUUGGCUUUUGCGUCGCUUUGAGGCGCGCUGCGCACUCCUCUAAUAACUUAUGUGUGAGCUUCUGAGAGUAAACAUUUUUUACGCGAGCGAAGAUUUAAACUGUAAACAUAUAACUUAUUUCGUAGAUCCAAACGAGUGUAACUAUGACGCUGUGAUCAUCAUCGAUGGCCCAAGAACCUCUCGAUACUGUGGCAGAAGAACUCCCCCGGAGUAUACAUCGACAGGAAAUAAGAUUUCCAUCGGCUUUAAGUCGGACGAAUCUUUUGAGAUUAAAGGUUUCAACAUCUCGUUCACCUCCUUCGCUGUUGAGACAGAUCGUAAGUAAAAUUGAUUUGUGAGGGUAACCGGUCACUUCAACGACAACCAACUCGCGAACACCUUUGGUCGACUCGCCCACGCCUUUAAUCAACUCGCCCACGCCUUUAAUCAACUCGCCCUCAGUUGGCAAGUUGAGUACCCGGCCACUUCGAGUUGACCAAAGGUGUCGGCGAGUCGACCAAUGGUGUCGCCGAGUUGGUUAUCGGCGGGUUGACAUGUCGGCGAGGUGACAAAUGCUCAAAAUGAACAUCUGCCAAACGCUUCAUUUCCUUAACAUUCAAGAUUAAAUGUUUUAACUGAGAAGCUUGGGCAUGAGGGAACACUCUCUUGUGGGUAUGGAGAAGCUGAUAUUGUAGUGUAUGGUAUAAUAUAGUGUGGUACGGUUCAGUACGAUAUGGCUUCGUUUUGGUGCGAUACGGGUAUCUUUCGAUAUGAUAUGGUACUAUUUGGUACGAUAAGGGUAUGUUUCGGUACGAUAUGGUACGGUUCGGUACGAUAUGGAUAUGUUUCGGUCCGAUAUGGUACGAUUCGGUACGAUGUGGAUAUGUUUCGGUACAAUAUGGUAGGGUUCGGUACGAUACGGGUAUGUUUUGGUCCGAUAAGGUACGAUUCGGUACGAUAUGGGUAUGUAUCGGUACGAUACGGUACGGUUCUGAAUGACACGGGUAUGUUUCGGUACGAUGUGGUACGGUUCGGUACGAUACGGAUACGGUUCGGUACGAUACGGGUAUAUUUCGGUGCGAUAUGGUAUGGCUUGGUACGAUACGGGUAUAUUUCAGUGCGAUGUGGUGUAGUAGGUUAUGGUUCGGCUCGUUUCGGCGCAAUACGUCCAGGUAUGGAAUAAUAAGGCGCGCUCAGCGAACUAUGUGUUAUGGCAUGCUACGAUAUCAAACAAAAAGCAAAAACAAGUCAACCAGGAUCACCUUCAAUGCUCAAUUGAAUACUACUCUAUUCCGAAGUUUCUGAUUUGGAUAAUGUUUUUCCUUCAUUGUAUUUUUCAGCACCAAAAGGCUCUGACAUUUGUCCCACAAGAGAAAUUAAGAUCAAGCCUGACUCGCCAGAAACAAUGAAAGGAGCGCUUUAUUCACCAAAUUUUCCCAACUUUUAUCCAAACGACCAGAGCUGCACAUUAACUUUGGACGUACCUGAUAACUACAAGGCUGUUGUCACGUUCCAGAAGUUUGCUUUGCAAUGUAAGAACAAUUCCUGCUUUGUUACCAGUAUGUAAAAAACUUUGCAACGAGUAUUUUUCCUGAAAAAAACUUAGCAAGUUUCUCAUAUAUAUGUUAUCGUUUUGCUCCGUAGAUUCUGAGACGUGCGAUUUUGACAAGUUAGUGGUUAGUGACGAGAGCGACAGUGAUACACAGUGCGGGGGGGGCGCAGACCGGCUCCCUCCUUUAAUAGAGAAAAAAGGAAGGGAAGUCAAGUUUUCUUUCACCACUGAUAGUUCAACAACAUCAACAGGAUUCCAGUUGGAAUAUAACAUCACUCGUCUUGAAGAAGGUGAAAUACCGGAAAGGUUCGUCUGCGAUCUAAGCUGCGUAGCAAGGGCUUGCAUGGCAAAGCACACCAAUAGCACACUCGCGGGCCGGCUUUUGCGCGCGUGACUUGACACUUUUCGUUGUCUGCGGCCAAGUACAUUUUCUUUUGCCUGAGGGGGGGAUAACGAGGAUUUUGUUUGUGACUAAAAAAAUUUACCUGAUCCCCUAUUAGACUCUGAAGUAUUCUAACGAUCUCCCCUUACUGGCAGUUGGGUUGUUCAUGAUCCCCCUACCAUGGUGGUUAUGCGCAAAUACCAAUAUCAAAAUCUAUGUAGGUGGUAUAAUUAUGUUUUAUAGCAUAGUAUUUACCGCCUCAUGAAAAAAACUUUUAAAUAGACGUGAACAACUACUUUAGAUCAAGUUCAUUUUAUAACAGUACAACUACUGAUCUUAUUCAAGUGCAACUUUCGCUUUGAAUACAUGUUUUCUAUAUUCUGCAAUAUUAACAAUUGACUCUAUCAGAGAAGCGCAGCCUGUAUAGCGAGGCUCCUAAAGGGAGUAAGAAAAGAGAGGCUGGUGUGUGAUAGGGAUGAAAGAAGCUCUCAUGUAUCUACCGUUCCACCUUCAUACUCUGACUGACUUCUCUUCCGCCCUCCCCCCCCGGAAAUCAUGUGAUAUCAAAGAAAAUCCCCCGACCCCCUCCCCUGCGAUAAAUAAUGACAGAUUCCUAAAUUUUUGUUGGCUGAACAGGUCGGUGUGUGUGUACCACUGGAUUGGGUUAUACAACCAUUGCAAACUUCAAACCAAGAAAUGACAGAAAGCACGAUGAUAUCCGCUUUGAGUUUAAAAGUACUCAAUCGAGUGGAAUGAUCAUGUAUGCCAAAGGAUACUACAAGGAUUAUAUUUACAUUGGUUACAAGGAUAGCAAUGUUUUUAUGUACCACAUUGAGCUGGGCACAGGUACCUAAGCCUUAAUCCUUUUACACCCUAACAUCAGUAUGCAUAAUCUCCAUUCUGUUCUCUAUACAUUCCCUAAGGAGCUGAUAAGGAGAAUUUGUUUGAUAAUCAAGAGCUUCUUUAGUUGGUGAUUAGUUCCGUUACUCUCGUGACCCUCAUGGGUGAUACUGUAAGGAGAUUUUUAGAUGCUAGUCACUUUUUUAGCAUUUUUCAGCAUUGUCCAGUUUGAAAGUGUGGAUGGCUGUUUAUGAAGGAGUACUGAGUCAAAGAAACUUUCAUGCUACUUCGGUGGGAGGGGGGGGGAAUUACAAGAUCGUUUGUUUUUAAUGUAAACUAGCCACCGUGAAGUGUUUAUAAAGCUGACGUUUCGAGCGAUAGCACAGUGCUAGGUUGAAGAGUAAGAGGCUAACGCUCGAGACGUCAGCUUCACAAAACUUUUUACGGUGGUCAAUUUUUACAUAAUAACUCAUGCGUCAUGAUCAGUUGACAAACCAGAUUAUAGCUGAGUUAAGAUACACACAACUUAUACAGAUAAAUGUAGGAUGACCCUCAAGACCUUUUGCAAGCAAGUGAAGGGAUAAAUUGUAAAAUACGUAUCUUGAUUAUUUUAAUUAUACAGAAUGACUCUUGGUUCUUUGUUCAUUGGGAAAGCAGAAUAUUUAAAAAAUUUUACAGAAGAGUUGAUUUGUUUACCCACCACGAGAAUCAAGUUUUUUCAGCUCGUAUACCUUUUCUCCCAAAUUUUCUUUUUAUCUGUUAGUACAACAAACGUUUCGUAUUUAAUAGAAGCUGAUUCGUUGGGCAAAUUGUUUCAUAGGAACAAAAAGGAUGGAGACAAAGAACUUGAAACUAAACGACGAUAACUGGCACAAGGUCCACCUGACCCGCGCCGACCGAUUGCUUACCAUCAGCAUUGACGACGUAACUCGUGAGUAGACUGCUUUUCUCAUUGCUUCUAGUUGUAAAGAACAGUGAGCCAACUUGUAAGCCAAGAGUAUACCGAAUAUUUCAGGUUGCGAGAUUAGUAGAAGAGCAUUUUUCAAUUGAGUGUUGAAAGUUAUCCAAGAUUGGAUUGGAUAUGCUUUACUUCGCUCCUUAGUCUAGAAAACUGGUGCUACCCUUUCAACCAAUCAGAUUCAAAACUUAAACCAAUCACAACUUGGUCGCCUACGUUUUCCCGCGCUUUAGAAAAUUUGGUUAUUUUUACCUUGAGUUCUCAUUGGCCAUUUGCAAUACUUUCCUUUCUUCUGCCUGGCCGUCGUGAUUUAAAGACUUUCAAUCGAAAAGCGCCCCAAAAGUAUGUCAUCAGAAAACACCUUCAAGGAAAUUCAAGGAAAACUGCAGUUUUCAUAGUUAUUUAAAAGCGCAGAACCCAAGGUUAUCGUCUAGCACAAACAAUAUUCUUGGACAGAUAAGUUUUUCUUUCUUAAGGCCGCAGGUACAAAUCACUUGUUGCUCUUCAGGAGUGAAGAAAGCCGCACACGUCGCUUCUCGGUUGAAACAAAUGAGAAUAGUUCUCCCUUGGUUGAAGCCAUAGAGAACGAACGAUAGGAUGUUUUACUUUCACACGCAUUCUGCGUUGAUUGACAACAAAAUCUUUUAUAUUUUGUCUCUUCAGUCUCUGGACAAGCUCCAGGAGGUUACAAUCGUCUUGAUAUACCGACCGCAACAGCAUAUUUCCUGGGAGCUCCAACAAGUUUGAACCUGGAACCUAAUUUCAUUGGUUGCAUCCGGGAUUUUAUGGUCGAUGGAUAUGAGCCACUAACAAACGCCUGGGUAGGAAAGCCAGACUAUUCGAUAGUGGGCAGAAGUUCUAUGAGACAAUGCAGCUAAUUUGAAAAAUAAGACGGAACAUUCUGGCUUGAGGGAUUUGUUAACAUCAUUUUCUUUCAUCGAUUGUAGUCACGCAUUUGUUAGAUUUUUUCAUAACGCCUAAGAGGCUCACACUAUAUUAUAAUCAGGGAAAAAAACAUUUACCAUGUUUGAAUCUUAUUCGGAGAAUAGGAUUAUGAUGACUGUUUAAACGCCUUUAGGGACUGUUCAUUAAUUAUUGCUUGGGGGAGAGGGGGAAGGGUACAGGGUUUGUGUAUCACAAUAUAAAAACUUACCUGUUCCCCCCCCCCAUAGGGCUGUGUGGUAUUCUUAUAACAUCCUUCCCCCUCCCCCCCCAAAAAAAAAAAAUUUGAAGUCAAUUUUCUAUGGCCACCCUCAAAAUUCUGUCAGAGACAACUGAUUCCUUCUCUAUCUCCCUGAAAACCUAGUGAUCCUCCCAAAAUCCUCUGAUGCCCCCCAAGCUAUAAAUAGCGAUUGGUCUGUUAACAGGUCUCCCUUAGAGAAUCAUUGAGUUCUUUAAGUAUAACUCUUUAGCUCAUUUUUAAUGUAAUAUGGCAUUGUUAAUAUGCUGCUAAUGCUUUAGAAUUGUACAAAGAAAGUUGUAGUGAGGCUGUUGCUUUUGUUAAAAAGAGAGACCAUCAGUUAUUAAACUAUUGGUUGAGUUGAAUGUUGUAAAUCUCUUGGAGGAGGGGAGAAGGGUAGAACCUCA